AUAACAAUCUUAAUUAUUAACCAUAAGGUUAUAAUGUUUUUGUCCUGCAUCAAACGGGCGGAAGAGGGCGCUGUUUCACUGCUUCUAGUUUGUUGGUAUGGUUGCUAGGAUACCGGAAAUGUUAAUGUGUCUAGAUACCUCCCGGCGUUAAGUUGUCUGUGAGCUUUCCUCUCAAAAAAAAAAAAAAAAAAAAAUAGGUUUGAAGUGUCUAAAAAUGUCAGCCACAGAUGGAGACCACGAAGGCCAAAAGCCAAAGGGCGUAUUCUCCACUCUAAUGGCCGACGGGGAUUGGUUGUACCUUAAAGGAGAGUAUAAAAAGGCUAUAGACAGCUUCACAACGGCCCUGACUCUGAAGCCCGAUGAGAAGAGCUGCUUUGUGGGCCGAUCGAAAUGUUACCUGAGGUUGGGGCAGCCUGAGAACGCCCUGAAAGAUGCGGAGGCCUCACUCAAAGAGGACAAGACAUUUUUCGAGGGGUUGUACCAGAAGGCAGAGGCUUUAUACUACAUGGGAGAGUUUGAAUUUGCACUGGUGUUUUACCACAGAGGACAAAGGCUACGUCCACAAAUACAGGAGUUCAGACUGGGUAUCCAAAAAGCACAGGAUGCCAUAGAAAACUCUGUUGGCAGCCCUUCCUCUGCAAAACUGGAGAUUAAGGGAGACCUAUCAUUUCUCCAGAAAGAUGAGGAGAGGGCACAGCCAAUUGCUGCUAUUCAGCAUCUGACGAAGGAGAAAAAACAGCAGACCCAGAAGACCCCUAAGAGUGAGAAGACAACCAAACAACUGCUGGGAGAGUUUUACAGUGACAAGAAAUAUCUAGAAAACCUGCUGAAAGAUGAAGACUUGGUAAAAGGCAGGACGAAGGGUGGGGAACAACUGCAAGAUGUCAUUCAGAGCUGCCUGACAUACCUUGACACUUGCACUGAGUUCUGGAACCAGGAGAAACCUAUUGGUGCACAGGAAAGGGACCGUAAGCUCAUGCAACAAAAAUGUAGCAAGCCCCGUCUCAGUGCACCCUCUGAACCUGCCCAGUUUCUGCUGAAGAGCCUGGAUGACAUCGAUGCAGAGUUGACAUCUGGAAACGCAGAAGGUAGUCUCAAGAAGGCAAAAGAAGUCAUGAAGACAGUACAGGGAUGGUCUGUGAAAGACGUUCCUAAUAAAAAAGAGGUUUUGGGCAGCCUGCACAGUUGCAUUGGGAAUGCUCUGAUAGACCUGGGAGAUAUGGACAAAGCAAUAGAUCAUCAUCAGAAAGACUUGGAGUUGGCUAAACAGUGCAAUCUUCCAGAAGCAAUGUCCAGGGCACUGGACAACAUUGGCAGAGUCUAUGCCCAGAUUGGACAGUUUCCACAGGCCAUUGAAUUCUGGGAAAAGAAGAUUCCCCUGGUCUGUGGUGGUUUGGAGAAGGCCUGGUUGUUUCAUGAGAUUGGUUGGUGUUACCUGGAGCUUAAUCACCCCAAAGAAGCCCGAGACUAUGGCAUCCGUUCGGUUGCUGCGGCAGAUGAAAUUGCUGAUGAGAAAUGGCAGAUAAAUGCCAAUGUGUUGGUGGCACAAUCAGACAUGAAACUUGGAAACUUUGAAUCCUGUGUCGCCAACUUUGAGAGAGCCUUGACCCAAGCCAAAUUGCAAGAAGACGACUCUGCCAUGAAUGCUAUUCAGAAGGUUUCCACUCUGCUGUCAUCAGAUUCCCUUUUUCAUCUUCUGAGUUCAAUUUAAAGAUAUUUCAGAUGGCUGACAUUUGUCAUGUUUACGUUUCAGGCUCUUGACGAAGCAAAGCAACACCUAUCACAAUGAGGAUGUAUCCAGUCAAGACUGAGGAGAACGAUCAGUGGUCAAAACAAGUACUAGAAAAGUCAUCUUUCUCAGAUUGACAACUGAGAUAUCUGAUGUUUAAUGAACCAAAUCCAUGAAUGCAUUUUGAUGAGAGCCUUAGAAACAGUUGUUCUCAGAAUGUAUAGAGUGUCAGUAAUUUUACCUGUACUGAAGAGGUUUAUGUUCACCUUCACCAGAUGUAAUUCAGUUUGAGAUAUUUGAGUGUUUUCA